AUGCCUAACAAAGUUUUUAACGUGGCUGUUUUCUUCGUUGUGUUCAGAGAGUGUUUGGAAGCCGUGAUUAUUAUCUCCGUGCUGCUGUCGUUUUUGAGCCAGGCGAUCGGGCACAAGGACCCGGUGUUGUACCGUAAGUUGAAGAUCCAGGUGUGGACCGGGGUGGUGCUCGGGUUCAUCAUCUGUCUGGCCAUCGGUGCUGGUUUCAUCGGUGCGUACUACUCUUUGCAAAAGGACAUUUUCGGGACUGCCGAGGAUCUGUGGGAAGGUAUUUUUUGUAUGAUCGCGACGGUAAUGAUCUCCAUGAUGGGGAUUCCGAUGUUGAGAAUGAACAAGAUGCAGAGUAAGUGGAGAGURAAGAUCGCGCGGUCUUUGGUCGAGGUUCCUCACCGUAAGAGAGACUACUUCAAGAUCGGGUUUUUGAGUAGAAGAUACGCCAUGUUUAUUCUGCCCUUCAUCACGGUGAUGAGAGAAGGGUUGGAAGCGGUUGUUUUCGUUGCCGGUGCCGGUAUCACCACACAGGGCUCGCACGCCUCCGCGUACCCGCUGCCUGUUGUGGUCGGUUUGAUCUGUGGUGGUUUGGUCGGGUUCCUGUUGUACUACGGUGCCUCCAAAUCUUCGCUGCAGAUUUUCUUGAUCCUGUCCACCUCGAUUUUGUAUCUGAUUUCCGCCGGUCUUUUCUCCCGUGGUGCUUGGUACUUUGAAAACUAUAGAUUCAACCUUGCUAGUGGUGGUGACGCCUCCGAAGGUGGUGACGGUAAUGGGUCUUACAACAUCAGAAAGGCCGUGUACCACGUCAACUGCUGCAACCCGGAACUGGACAACGGGUGGGAUAUCUUCAACGCUUUGCUCGGAUGGCAAAACACCGGGUACCUGUCCUCCAUGUUGUGUUACAACAUCUAUUGGCUGGUGCUUAUUAUCGUGUUGAGUCUGAUGAUCUUUGAAGAAAGACGCGGCCACUUGCCCUUCGCCAAGAACUUGCAGAUGAAACACAUCAACCCAGGCUACUGGAUCAAGAACAAGAAGAAACAAGAAUUGACCGAGGAGCAAAAGAAACAAUUGUUCGCCAAGGUGGACAACAUCAACUUCAACCAGGACGGUGAAAUCAACGUGCAAGACGACGAGGACGAAGUCCCUGAACAAACCACCACCAGCCGUUCCUCGUCCGGGAACGUCGUCAUGGACAAGGAGGCCCCACACGUCAAAAUCGAAUCCAUUUAA